UGGCUGCAGUGACUGAUGUCCCCGGACCCCGCGAGGUGAGCGCCGUCUGUGUUUGCAGCAGAGCAGAGAGAGGCCGGGUUUGGUUCAGGGGGUCGGGAAUGGUUGGCGAGCGCUCAGCGGGAGGACAGAGCUUCCUGCAGCUGUGUGUCCUCAUCUGGUUGUUGACCGCACAAUCCGCAGAGAUCAACACACGGCCCGACUCUGUGGAGUGUAUUUACUACAAUGGUGAGGUUUUGGAGUGCACGUGGAGUCUGGCUGAUGGCAAUGUGAACUACACCAUGUACUACUGGUACACAUCAGAACCAGCUGAGGAAUGUGGCUCCUACAUCCAGCAGGACGGCUACAACAUUGGCUGCAAGUUCACAAAGGACAAGAUCCGGGAGUUUGUGAAUUUUCACGUGCACCGGAUUGGGAUCAAUGGCUCGGAGAGCGUGUUCCCCCCCAACCAAACCUUCCAGCUGCAGGACCAAGUGAAACCCAAUCCUCCGGCCAACCUGACCGUCAACGCCAUGGCCAACAGCAGCAUCUCCCUGACCUGGGAGGCGCCCAUGAUCCCACGCUGUCUACAGUACGAGAUCAAAUACAGGAGCAACAAGGACAAAGACUGGCAGACAGAAUAUUGCAACGAACAAACAAAAUUCACGUUGCCGAGCGUGAACCCAGACGACCUCUACGUGUUUUGCGUGAGAAGCAAAAUCAACGAUUUUUGUGGCCUGAGUCACCUGUGGAGUAAAUGGAGCUCGCACAUUUACUGGGGAGAAAUCAUCACAGAGCCCGAGGAGAAGAAUUUCUAUUUCUGGAUCCUGAUCUCGAUCCUGGCUGUUGUGGUGUUAUUGCUGAUUAUUCUGUGCCGGUUACAGAAUAAAAGGUUACAGUCAAUCUUUCGGACGUCGGGACCUGCUCCUGAACAAACAAUUGUGCCCCUGAUCGAGAAAAUCAAUCAAACCAACGGGACCAUCAAGGAAACUCAAGAGGUCCAGUAAGUGGAUUGAUCCGUGUUCUCCCCCACCACCCACCCACCCACCCACCCACGCCAAC